AUGUCGGAAGCUGAGACUUAUCUGGAGAAGAGACAGCUGGGUGGGUCUCUAUCAGGCACAGACAGUCUAGAAGAUGAUUUGGAUAGGGAUGAGGUCUACCCACUUAAGGAACAGAGAAGAAUCUUGCACAAGAUCGAUCGAAGGCUAGUGACAGGCUUAGGGCUUCUCAUGUGUGUUAGUUUGGUGGAUCGGACCAACCUGGGAAAUGCUAUGAUUGCUGGCAUGGAAGAGGAGCUCCAUCUCUAUAUUGGCUCUCGCUAUUCCAUCACGCUCCUCACAUUUUUCAUUCCCUAUGUCUUAUUUCAAUUCCCGCUUAUUACGGUAAUUCGUAAGGUUGGGCCGAAGAUCUUCCUUUCUGGAAUCACAUUUUCCUGGGGAAUUGUUAUGAUGGGGUUUGGAUUUAUACAUAACUGGACGGUGCUCGUUGGACUUCGCAUAGUCUUGGGGUUCCUUGAAGCUGGGCUCUUUCCGGGCUCAGUGUAUCUUCUUUCUAUGUGGUAUACUCGAUAUGACUUACACAAGAGAUAUUCAUCCUUCUACUUGAUUAGCGUCAUUGGGGGAGCUUUCUCCGGAAUCCUCUCGUAUGGCUUUGUACACAUGAACGGCCUAGGUAAUUUGAGUGCAUGGAGGUGGAUCUUUGUUAUGGAAGGAAUCCUCACCUGUCUUGUCGGAGUGGUCGGCUUCUUUUUAAUUGUCAAUUUCCCUAACGAGAACAAUCUCUCUUGGAAAUUUCUUUCCAAAGAGGAAACCGCAUUCGUUAUCCGGCGACUGAACCGAGAUAGACGCGACUCCUCUGAAGCCGCGUUCAAUCUAAAGGAGUUCCUAAAGCCUGCUCUGGACCCCAAAAUAUGGGGCUUUGCCCUUAUUUUCUUUUCUGCAACAGUUGUGUCGUAUGCGAUUACCUUCUUUCUUCCGCUCAUUCUCCGGAGUGAGCUCAAAUUUCCCCAAGCAGCGUCACAAGUCCUCACAACACCACCAUACUUCUUCGCCGGUAUCUUCAUGUAUGCUCAGGGCUGGAUUGGUGACAAAUACCACAUCCGCGCUCCAUUGAUUGUGUACAACUGUAUUCAAUGCAUCGUGGGUUUAGCCAUUCUUGGCUGGGUCCAAAUCCCUGGCGUGCAGUACUUCGGGAUCUUUCUCGUGACUUCGGCAUCCAAUGCUACCAUCCCAGCCGCCCUGACAUAUCAGGCAAAUAACAUCCGUGGGCAGUGGAAGCGCGCCUUUUGCAGCGCGAGUAUAGUCAGCUUUGGCGGUACUGGCGGUGUAGCUGGGUCCCUGGUGUUCCGGUCUCAGGAUUCUCCCCGCUACCUCCCCGGUAUCUAUGCCUGUAUUGCGUGCAAUAUCAUGUCAAUAGUAGUAGUAGGUGUGCUCAGCCUCUAUUUCUACAUCUCGAACAGACGGGCAGCAAAGGGCAAACUUGUCAUUGAAGGGCUUCCAGAGUUCCGAUAUACACUCUGA